GCGGAACCCACGAAACAAUUCGGCGGAACUCGCCAAGCGCGGCGCCUGUCGCUUUAAAUGACAGCGGCGUCACGACGUCCGUAGUAAGCGGGGCCUCUUGCACGGCCACUCCGCGGCUACAAACGCGUCCCGGGCCUCUUCGUUCGACCCCUGCCCUGUCCCUCCCCACGACCGCCGCGGGUUUGCCGUGUGGGCAGCGAGGGCAGCGAGGGCAGGCUGAGCCCUUGAGGCAGGAUUGGUGGAUCAGGCAGAUCACCGUGAACUGUCAGACUGCUAGGUGAGCAGAAGGCGGCACUGCAUCCGUGAACCUCUGCACGUGUUGUGUAGCGACCCAGGUGCGGUCGCCUCUUACAAGCGAGUCUCGCGCUCGUCCCCAAGUUCUCGCUUGGUUGUGGCGAGGCGGCACGCACGUACGGACGGGGCAACGCUCUGCCCGCAAUGCUCUCGGCGCUGCUGCCGUAACUGCGAGUGUGGAGUCGCCGACGUGGUUUGGACCCGACACCUGAUGUCCGUCGUUCCGAGCAUCCGCCCAGGUCAACGGUUCUCGGGGAAAACUCGCCAGCGGGCCGCGUGACGCCGCCGCAAGCCGCCGCAAGCCGCGGAGCAGAGACGCGGGAGGUGACGUCACCGCAGCCCGUACACUAAAACCGACGCUCAAAACGAAACCAAAGAAACGAUCAACGGUAAAGAGACCACCAGCUGGGCUUGGAUGUCAACGCUGUCGCAGCAGUAAAAACAGCAGCAUCAUCGUUCAAUAUCUAUCCCGCGACUCCCAUGUAGCGCAUCUCAAGGUGCAAGUGUUUACAACCGCAGUAGCGACCGCAGCAGGCAGUAGCAGCAAAGUCAAGAUCAUUUUGUUUUGACCAGGUGAGGACUCGUGAGAGAGAGAGAGACCGAGUGACCUGCUGCCACCAGCAGCUGCAGCGGCAGCAACCGUCUCGCGAUGGCGCUCGCUCUCAACAAGGUGUUCAACAAGGACAAGACGUUCCGGCCGAAGCGGAAGUUCGAGCCGGGCACGCAGCGCUUCGAGCUGCACAAGCGGGCGCAGGCCUCGCUGCACUCGGGCCUCGACCUGCGCACAGUGGUGCAGCUGCCGGCCGACGAGGACGCCAACGACUGGAUGGCGGUGCACGUGGUCGACUUCUUCAACCGCGUCAACCUCAUCUACGGCACGGUGGGAGAGUUCUGCACGGCCCACACGUGCCCCGUCAUGUCGGGCGGCCCGCGCUACGAGUACCGCUGGCAGGACGACGGCGCCUACCGUCGCCCCACCGCCGUGCCGGCGCCGCAGUACAUGAGCCUGCUCAUGGACUGGAUCGAGGCGCAGAUCAACAACGAGCACAUCUUCCCCACCAGCACCGGUGUCCCCUUCCCCAAGAACUUCCAGCAGGUCUGCAAGAAGAUCCUGACGCGUCUGUUCCGGGUCUUUGUCCACGUGUACAUCCACCACUUUGACCGCAUCUCGGCCAUGGGAGCCGAGGCCCACGUGAACACCUGCUACAAGCACUUCUACUUCUUCACCACGGCGUUCAACCUCAUCGACCGGCGGGAGCUGGAGCCCCUGAAGGAGAUGACGCUGAAGAUGUGUCACUGAAGCUGCGCAGCUGACGGCCGUGCCACCUUCUCAGCAUCUCCUCCGCAACCGUCGUCGCCUUCCUGCACAUUGCAGCCUCUCACUGCCUUGUAACCACAAUGGGACCUCCCUCAGCCGCUCACUCGCUCGCUCGCUCGCUCACUCACCCGCACUCUCUGUAACUCGCUCAUGAGCUAGCUUGCUCGCUCGCGGACGGAGAGCCAGUGAGAGCCAGCGACGCCCAAUCCUCGUGUCGCUACGCGCCACUGAAUGUAGCUGCCAGCAGCUUCUCUCCCCCCCCCCCCCCCGUCGCCUUCCAAACCUUCCGAAUGAUUCCUCAUCACCGCCUCCUCCUCCUCCUCGUCACAUCCUCUACCCAUCGUGCCUUCUUCACUUGAAUGUGAUCAUCACCGCGGUUGUAGACAGUCACGCCCAGGGCUUAAUGCCAUCUGGAAAGUAAUUAUGCACCCGGCACACCGCAUCCGGCAUACCUAUCGCUACGGGCUAUGGCCCGCUACCCUUUAGUCACGUGCCACCUACUCCAGCGUAUACGAGGAGUUGAGCCCUGGACAUCCGUCAAGCAGCCUCCAGCUGUGGGCCUCACAGACCGGCACACGACCACUGGGGUCACGUGACCGUGCCCCUUGGCCGUGGGUCCGUGAGUGUGCUACGCAGCCUAAGGGAGAGAGGCUGCUUCUCUUCCACAUUUUUAAUGGGUUUUUAAACGAAUCAACGUGCGUGCUGAAGACGUGUUGUAGGGUGCGUUGAUUUCAGUCGUAGGUUUUCGCGGUCAACAAAUAGGAUAAAAAAUUGAUGUUGGGCUAGGCCGCGUAAUGGUCCUCGCCAAAUUUGCGUCGUCAAAACCCUCCACAACCUGGCAAAGUCCUGCAUGUUGAAUUGUCACGCGAUGCGACCGUUUUAACAGCGCGACGUUUGCAUUGUUCCGGCUCACUCGGCCGGAAGGUGCCUUUGUUCCGACUUCCUGGAACUUGUCCUUGAAGAUGCUUGACGCAGUUUCGAACGAGGUGUCGCCUAUCCAAUCGCUCAACUUGGCCGUGAGAAUUGUCGUCGAGAUUGCCGGUGAGGGAGCUGAAACGAUCACGGGUCGGCGCGUUCGAACGCUUGCACGCACGACGGUUGAAUUCGACUGCUGCGUCGGGUUGGCGGAGGAUUUUGACGACCGAAAUUUUGCCCACGUCAUUAACGUGGAAUCGAAUAAUUCGGGCUCGGCCCGCCCGACCGCAGCGGCGACGCCGGGCUCCCAAGUCGAGCGAGUCCGACGGUCUCGGCCCGGUCACCGACGCCGGCACAUUGAGCCGCGUCGUUCGUUAGUUUGGCCAAUUUGGAUUAACGGCUCGAGAGCAGAGCGUGCCAGACGGCCGCCACUCCUCCUCGUGCAGACGAGAGGCCAUCGAAGCGACUCCCGAAGUAGUUUUGUGUCCUCUUCCAGAGGCGGUUCUCCAACACGCGGUGGUCCACUUGCUCUCCGCCAGAUAUCUUGGUGCAAAACAGCGCAGCGGUCGGACGAUGACGCGGAGGAAAUGAAAGCCAGGCCGCAAUCGGGGUUUCUCGGCUGCCCCGUUAUGGGACCUCGUGGGUACGUCCACCUCUUUCAGACGUCUGCCCGGCGUGGAAGAGUAGACCAAAUACGACAGAGAGGAGCUGUACGGAGCUCCCUCUAGUAGAGGCCAAUUCCGCCAGCAGUUGCACGAGCGAGCACUUGCAGGGCUGCUCCUUUGCCUCUUAACGGAGAAACGAGGGCGAGUGAGAAGCGCGAGGUGACUCAGCCCGCGCUGCAGUUUGUACUUCCGCGCGCGUUAAUUGGUGCGUCAAUUAACAUUCCACUGGAAUCGGUUAGCAGUUCACGAAUUAAACGGAACUGGGAACCGAUUUUGAAAACGUUUGCAGUUUGACAACUCUAAUAACUGCACCACUCGGGACCAACGAGAUUGGCUGACAGAGGUGGCAGCAGUGUGGUGGUGUCGCUCCGGAUUGAAUGUCACUCGCCGGGUUCGCCGGCGGUUAAGUCCGUGGCGCUUGCCAUAGCCGGCAGCUGCAGCUGCUGCUGCUGCAACUGCAGCUGCUGCUGCUGCAGGGUUGAGUGUCUCGUUCUUUUCCCGGCGCUGAAACUUUUGUUUGCAUUGGUGCCUCGUGCCCUCGCACGAUUCGCAAACCAGGAACCACACAGUGGGGAACCCGCGCCUGGGUUUGUGGGGAAAGGUGUGAGAUGUAUGAUUAUGCUAAUAAUGAUUAUGAUGAUGACUUAUUUACCCAGGAAAGCCACUUCGAGUCAAUGGACUCUUUUUCAGGAGGGUCCCGCAUUGGAAUAUUUUGCCAACGCCAGGUGACAUUGAGUAUUUUAGAUAUGGGAGCAAACUUGGAGAACCCCGGAGGAAACCCAUGCAGUACAGGGGUAGAGAACGUACAAACUCCACAGCCUCGCACACACGUGUACACACUCGCACACACACACUCGCACACACACACACGUGUACACACUCGCACGCACUCGCACGCACUCGCACACACUCGCACAGCCUCGCGCACACCCUCGCGCACACACUCGCGCGCACACUCGCGCGCACACUCGCGCGCACACUCGCGCGCACACUCGCGCGCACACUCGCGCGCACACUCGCGCGCACACUCGCGCGCACUCCACACACUUGCACACACUCGCACACAACGCACUCUGCAGAACGGGGGAGAACGUACGAGCUCGAGGUGUCGAACCCAGGUCCUCCUUACUGCGGGGCACAAGCGAGGCCACCGUGCCACCCUGCCCGGGCUCCGACGUGCGGACGGCAUUGGCUGCGUUGUGGAACGUCGGGACAAGUCGCGCUCGCCCCAACCGACCGCCCCGUGGCACGGCGGCGUGCCCCUCGGUUCGCUGCGCUCGCGCCGUGCCGAGGGGAGCGGCGCUCGUUUCUCGUGACGCGGUUGAGUACGCUCGACGCAGAUUCCAUUGUCGGGAGUUUCUUGUUUUUAUUUCACCGUUUGUUUUAUUACAGAAGUCGCCGCCGUAAUAUUCGUGCGUCCGGAGGCCGUGCGUUGGUUGGGCGGCCGCCCGCUCUGGCUGUGCAAGCCCCUCCGACGUUGUGACGCACGGAAAGCCAUGCCGAGUCGAGCAGCCGACGCUUUCUGAGUCGACGGAAUCAAAAAGUUCUGUGAGAUAUGCGGACGUUUACAAAGGAUGCCAGAUAAAUUCUGGCGAGUGUCGUCAUCAUCAUCAUCAUCAUUGUCACUGAUGAGCAAUAGCACUGUCGUUAUUGUUGUCACUUCUAAUUACCAUAAUUUCUUUCCGUUAUCGCUAUCAUCGUCACUGUCAGAUUUGUGUUCACUUAUCAUCAACGUCAUCUUCAUCAUUCCCUCCAUCAUCACCCAGCUGGGAGGCUAAAUCUGCAUACAGGAAGCCGAAAGUGGUUGUUGCGGUCAGGAAAGGCUGAACCCGGCCAUAGGAAUGUGGAAUUGGCACCACUGGCUCGGCACUGCCAAAUGAAAUUGAGCCUGGGGAAGUGACGAACUUGAAACACUUUGAGAUUCCAGUUACCCAAGUUGCAACUUGUGAUUGAAAAUCAACGCAACGUCGCCCGGUUGAACCACACCGGGCUUCCACUUUACUUCAAGAAUCAAAACGCCAAGAAUUUUAACAUCCGUUUAUUUUGUUGUCUUAGCCGAAGGGGGUCGACGUUUUCGUUUUAUAACCGCCCCCAGUAGAGAAGGAGCUGUGUCUGUCAUGUAUCCCUUCACCAGCCGAGCCACUUGGCUCGCAAUCAAAAAGGUCGCGCGCGUUCUCAUCGCUGCCCGUGCGGGCACUCUGCCCAUCACCGGUGGAUACGAGUCAUCACAUUUUUCGGGCUCUAAGAACGACUGUCUUGUGACUAUACUGGCACCCGCCUUAAGAAUGUGAAAUUUCCACCACCGGUUCAGGGGUGGGGGGGUUGUUGUAUUGUUGCACCCAUCGUGCGUGUCUCGAAGCGGAAGGGUUUAUUUAAAUCGGCGAGUGAGCAGCAUCACCGGUGUUAUCGGCUGCGGGGCUACGGAGUGGGCAACAGGCAGAGGUCGCAACCGGGUACCCGAUACCCGUACCCUACCCGAUACCCGUACCCUACCCGAUACCCGGCUACCCGUACCCGGCCAGGUACGGGUACGAGUACCCGUUUGCGACCCUGGUGCAGCCGGGUACGGGUAAGGAAUCAAAACCCGUUUGCGACCUCUGGCAACAGGGCAGUGCUGCAGCAUGGGCUUUCUCUGCGCCGUCACGCCUCCGAGUGCAUGGCGGCUGCCCCUUGGCGACCCUGCGCGCUGUGGGGGCGUUGCGCGCAGGUUUCGCCAAACCCACACACUGGUCACCGCGAUGAUGCACCGUCGGUAAACCCGCUCGGCGCUAAGAAUGCUCCUCAAGCAGUUGAUUGGCAGCGAUGCGCGAGUUGCCGAGUCGUCGAGUCCGUGGAUGGGUGAGAAAUGCCCCAGAAGUGAAUGCCCCUCCAUCCUGGUUUGAUGUCCCGGUGACUUGUAUUGUUUUUAGAAACAGAUUCCAAAUUUCCGCAUUCGUUCGUGGGAUGUCACCCAUCACGCACGCGGCCAAAGCAGUCGCAUCGUCACCCGCUCUUGGGCGAGCGAGAAAUCUUCGAGCGAGAAAUCUUCGGACGUGCUCAGAUCAACGGGGCGUUGUCAUCCAGGCCGGGAUGGCGGUGGAGGCUCGCUCCUUCCCCCGUGGGCGUCGCGAUCGCCAAUUCCUGUCUUGCCAAGAUGUGGCGACACAGCUGGUGUGUAUUGAUUCCCAUCUGCAGUCCAUCUGUACGGGGUGUAUCCCACUCGCCUGCCGUGUGCGUUGUCCGGUCACUCCGAUUUCCUCCCACACGUUUUUUGAGUUGGCCAAUCAUCGCAAUGUUAGGGGUUUUUGUGCACCGGUUUUGGCUGCGCCCCCCCCACUCUACGCUCGCUUGCCUGUGCGCGCGUUCCACAUUCUUAGCGAUGGAUUCGCUCUUGGGCAACGUGCCAAUCGCCGGCGUCUGUUUCAUGAUGCUGCUCGAGGUAAUCCGCCCUCCAGAGGGCCGAGUGAAUGAAACCGAGGAUGGUGUCAGCUGUGGGGGGGGGGGGGGGGGGGAGUUGUGCACCGUCUAUCUGAGCCGGUUGGUGUCCCCCUGCCUGCUGCACGUGGCCUUGUGUCGUGAUGGGGCAGCAGGAGGACGAAGGGGGGUUGAUUCUGCCCUCUGAAUGUCUGGACACACAUUGACCAAAUAUGGAAUGUCAGGUCUGUCGGCACAAAUGUGUUUUUUACAUGCAAGGAAGCAACACAAAGUUGGAGGCAUCACUUUGAGGCGCUUCUUUAGUCGCUGGCCAGCUGGAGCGCAUCAAUGUGAACCUUGUUUUCGCAAACGCCACAGACCCCCCCGUUGCCACCCGUCCAAAUUUCACCCGAGCAGCUCGGGGGGAAAUUGGCACCUGUGCUGUGGUCACGUGGUGGUGGUAGGAAUCCAUCUGUGCUGAGAUCGGCUUCCGGUGUUGAGUUGAACUUGAGCUGCAGUGCCCUGCGCUGUUCUGACUGGACCUCGGCCGACUGAGAUGGGAGAUCUGAAGGUGGCAUUCCGAGCACACUUUGCAGUAAGCUGCGCACAGGUUGUGACCGUAUUCUCUGGAUCCUAAGACGGACCUAUCCCCCUGUAUUUUAAAGAAACGUUUGCGGGUGCGUCUUGUAAUCCAGUCGGGGCGUGCGUCACCAGAUUUGUGUAACGGCACCGGUUUUGGUGAGCGUCUUUUUAACCUGGAGAAUGCGGUAUUCUCAUCAGAAAGAAGUUUUUUGUUUUUACAAAAUCAAACGAGUUUUGAGAAGAUGUGUUGUUUGUUUUUAAAAGGUGGGGUGUCUGGUUAAGAUGCAAACUAAUGACUCCUGAUGUCUCUGAUGUAAGCUUUUUAAACGGUGGUCGUCAGUUUAGAUUGUAAGGCGGAUACGAGCUGGGGUCUACUUUUGUGUUCAAUAAAAAAAACUCUCUCGCCGA